AUGAACCGCCGUAAGGUCAAGAGCCCAGCGCCUCCAUCACCACCCACCAACACAGCAGAGGCGAAUGGCUCUGUUGUUUCCUCACCGUCGAAACGACAAUCAGCACAAGCACAAGCACACUCCGAGACCACGGCAUUUCCCACAAGCAGUACAUCGUCCAAAACCACCUCGAUCCUCUCCAUCUGGGCGCCAACACUCGUCCUCAUAUUCGGCGGCUGCUGCUCCAACGUCUACACCCUAGAAUCCCUGAUCAAAACGUCGCCCUCGUCGGGCCCACUGAUCACGGCAUUCCAAUUCCUCCUCGUCGCUGUGGCCACGCUCCCACGACACCUGUCCCUGUCCCGCGGCUGGCGCCAUGGCUGGCUCCGGCCCCGAGCGAUCCCUCUGCGCAAAUGGCUCGUCUACACGGCGUACUUUCUCAGCAUCAACAUUCUCAACAACAUGGCGUUCAAAUACCGCAUCAGCGUCCCCUUGCACAUCAUCCUGCGGUCCGCGGGGCCCGUGACGACCAUGGCCGUGGGCCGCAUGUAUGGCGGGAAACACUACCCUACGCACAAGGUGGUUGCGGUGUUUUUACUGUUCGUGGGCGUGGUCCUGGCCGCUUUUGCCGACGCCGCGAGCAAAGAGGCACACCGCUCGCCGUCGGACUUUGAGCACCAGCCGCCCACCUCCGCAGCCGCCACGACGGCGUCACAACAAGCGCCGGGUUUCGCUCUCCUGGCGUCCGCCCUGAUCCUAUCUGCCUGCAUGGGCCUGUACACGGACAACAUGUACUCCACCCACGGGCGCUCGAGCUCCAUCACCUCCGAGACGCUCUUCUACAGCCACGCCAUGUCCCUCCCCUACUUUGCGACCCAGAUGAAGCCGCUCACGCUCGAGUUCGCCAGCGUCAAGGCCGCCGCCAUAAGCGACUACGAGUACAACGAGCACGACAACCCGGGCACCUUUUCAUGGGGUCAGAACAACAAGACCCCCAUAGCGCUAGACCGCCGUCCCGUGGGAUCUGCCGGGUCUCUGCCGUUGGCGGCGUUAUUGUCGUCGCCUUCAAAUUGGAUGCCGGCCCUCUCACUCGCCCUGCACGUUCCUCGUCCCGUACUUCUCCUCCUUCUCAACGCGGCCACCCAGCUCCUCUGCAUCGUCGGCGUGAAUAGACUGUCUGCGCAAUCGUCGAGUCUGACCGUCAGCAUCGUACUGAACAUUCGCAAACUCGCCAGCUUGGUCCUGAGUAUCUGGUUGUUUGGCAAUGACUUGCCAAGCGGCGUCAUGGUCGGUGCCGCCAUUGUCUUUGUAGGCGGUGGCUUGUAUGCCAUGCCUGGAGGCUUGGGGUUGGGAUCUGGACCGGGGUCCUCGAAAGUAGUGUCUUUGAGUUCAGCCCCGACCAAGGAGGACGAGCACAAGAAAGAGAAGAAGGGUCUAUGA